CUGCCAGCAUCGGCAGCCAGCACCAGCAGCAGUCCACCACCCUCUCUCAAAUUAAGGCAUUUUUAAGCCAUCGAUCACCAGCCAACCAGCACUCACUCACUAGCUCCAUCCAACUCGUACACGACCUCUCCAUCCAUCCUCUCGUCCUUCCAACAACUAGCAGCAUUAGCAGCUCAUCUUCAUCGACCGUCCAAAGCAUCACGGCGGCAGAGAUGAGGCGCUGCGGCAUCAUCAUCUCCUCCCCGCUCGCGGCUGCUGCCGUGAUCCUCCUCCUCGUCGCCGGCUGCUUCCACUGCGCCGCCGCGGCUCGCCACCUGCCUUCUUCAGUCCCAGUUCCAGUUCCAGCUAUGGUUCACCAUGAUAAUGGUGUCAAGGCUGCAGCUGGUGCUGCAGACGGCGGCCUGCAGAUGCUGCAGGAAGUUGGCGUGGGCAAUGGCGACGAGCUCUCCUCCAUCCCCGAGAUGAUGGGAGCAGAUGCGGAGGAGGAGGCCUGCGAGGAGGGCAACGACGACGACGAGUGCAUGCAGAGGCGGCUGCUCCACGAGGCGCACCUCGACUACAUCUACACGCAGCACAAGGGCAAGCCGUGAGGAGGAGGAUGCAGAUCGAGGAGCUGGCUAGCUGCAGCUCCGGCCAGAUACUCAUCUUGGUUGGUGUUGGGACUGCUAGCUUGGGAGUAUUGGGACAAAGUACAUGCUGCAAAUUAAGUUGACACACGGGAAUCUCAUCUCAUCUACUAGUACAUGCAUCGAUAAUCAGCCAUCUGCAUGCUAUAUAUCUAGCUCGUAAUUUCUGUUACUGCUUAGCAUCAUCAUCCGUGAUCCAUAUAUCAUCUAGGACUAGUAUAUGCGUGUGUCAGUCACCUCGUCUGUACAUCUAGUCUGUCUGAUACAUGCAUGUAAGGUAUUUGUAACCACCAGCUUCUUCAAGUUUUCUGCUUGCUAUCCUCCCUCUCUCUUUUUCUCAGUGUAAGAUAGCAUCGUGAGGCUGCACUUGUUCAUAUAUAUGCCAUAAGAGAGUGUUUCCCUAUACCUAA